GGAGGCGGGUGCCCCGGAUGUAAUACCGGCGAAAGCACCUUUCCUUUUCUUCCCCGCACGACCCUGGCUUCCUAGCUGGAGGAAAUCUACUGUCAGUCAUGCCAAAGAGGAAAGUAACUUUUCAGGGCGUUGGAGAUGAGGAUGAUGAAGAUGAAAUCAGUGUUCCCAAAAAGAAGCUGGUGAACCCUGUGGCUGAAGCAGGUGGUCCUGGGAGCCGAUUCAAAGGCAAACACUCUUUAGACAGUGAUGAAGAGGAUGAUGAUGAGGAGGGGUCCAGCAAAUAUGAUAUCCUGGCCUCGGAGGAUGUAGAAGGUCAGGAAGCAGCUACUCUCCCUAGUGAGGGGGGUGUGAGGAUCACACCCUUCAACCUUCAGGAAGAGAUGGAGGAAGGCCACUUUGAUGCUGAUGGCAACUACUUCCUGAACCAGGAUGCACAGAUCCGAGACAGCUGGCUGGACAACAUUGACUGGGUGAGGAUCAAGGAACGGCCACCUGAUAAGCAACAGGUUUCAGACUCAGAGGAGGAAGGCAGCCUGGGCCAGACUCCAAUGAGUGCCCAGGCGCUCCUGGAGGGACUAUUGGAGUUGUUAUUGCCAAGAGAGACAGUGGCUGGGGCUCUUAGGAGGCUGGGGGCCCGAGGAGGAGGCAAAGGCAACAACAGGGGGACUGGCCGGCCCAAUUCCCCCCAGCGUCUAGACCGGCUGUCUGGGUUAGCUGAUCAAAUGGUGGCUCAAGGCAACCUUGGUGUAUAUCAGGAAACAAGGGAACGGUUGGCUAUGCGACUGAAGAGUUUGGGGUGUCGGACCCAGGGAUCCCAUGACCCCACACCUCCACCCUCCCUCGACAUGUUUGCUGAGGAAGUAGCAGAGGAGGAACUGGAAACCCCAACCGAUACCCAUAGAGAAGAAGCAGAGUCAGCAGGAGACGGUCUGAUGGAUGUGAUGUGGGAAUAUAAAUGGGAGAACACGGGGGAUGCUGAGCUGUACGGCCCCUUUACCAGUGCCCAGAUGCAGACCUGGGUGACUGAAGGUUACUUCCCGGAUGGUGUUUAUUGCCGGAAGCUGGACCCUCCAGGCGGUCAGUUCUACAAUUCCAAGCGCAUUGAUUUUGAUCUCUACACGUGAGCCCACUAAGGGCCCAGUGUGGCAGUCCCUUCUUUCUUGGACUUGACAGAGGAGGCCCAAGCUGCCCUGGGCAGUAAGGAUAUUGGAGGCUGCUACAAAGCUGUUGUCUCUUCGCUAAUAAAAGCCUUGACUGUGUUGAUGGCCAAGAGCCAGGGCUUCUCCAAAGCUCCUUUUGGCUUCACCUGGUAGGUCCUUGAGUGUUUCCUCCCAAGAGACUUCCUCACAUGCUUCUCUCUGCAGUUUUUGGAGGCAGAGGUAGGGCCCAUCGGGUGUCCUGCGACUUUGCUACUUAGACUUCUACUUUUGUAAAAUUCUCUCCUGUCACUUUUCAGUCUCCGUUUCAGGUCCUUGUUCUGUUGAUCUUUGGCUUUUAGAAUCUCAAAUUCUCUGUCCUGGCAGCUCCCUUGUAGCUGGGACAUUGGGAAGACUUUGAGAUACUGUUGGAUUAAACAUGGAUUCCCUUCUUCUCCCUAGUUUGAUUUUUCUGCCCCUCACCCUUGGGCAGUUGUUUGUAUAGCUCUUAGGUGAAGUAUAAACUUGGUAGCACUUCAGUGUUACUUGGGCCACCAUACGACACAGAGGGGAAAGGGCAGUGACUUACUGGAGAUCUCACAGUUAGAGCUGGCCCAUGGAGCUAAUUCCCCUGACCUUUCUUGCCAUAAAGCUUUUUCUUGCUUGGCCUUUCAGGCAUUGUAGUAUACAUUUCCUGGGCUCCCGAGUCUUGGGCAUAGGGCUCGUGCCUUGAGGAAACAGCUCUGGUCUGGUCCUCUUCCAGGAAUCCAGAGUGCAGUGGAGGGCUGUGGGAAGCUGACAGGAACUAACAGUUUUCACCCCACCAGUGCUGCCCUGUGCUCACCUCGUCCAUCUACAAGAGGCACCCCAAGAGCUACAAGCUAGCUAGUAGGAUCCAGGCUAAGGACUUGGAAAGUAGGGGCUGAGCUCAAGCUUGGUUGCAGGUAUUUGCUGCAGAGACCUCCAACAAGUCUAACAAUUAGACCUGUUACUGCUAUCCUAGAUUACGCUUUCUUUGACUUCAAGACACCAUUAGUGGUAAGACAUCUGACUUAGCGUGUCACUAAGAACCCUCCAGGUAUUACUUUGUAAGGUAUUACUGGUAAAAGAGGAACUGCUUUCUGAGAUACAGCCGUGAAAACCUAGUGUCUUGGGAUGAGUAAAAUCCAGUCCCUUGGCCUGAGUGAUUGUUCACAAGUGUUUGGUGAAAUAGACACUGAGGUAUUCUCCAGGUUCCUCAGACUUGACUCAAAUAAAGCUGAUUUCUUCUGAGUGUACUUUCCUGACAACACCAAGGAGGGGCCAGAAUAUUGAUCCCUGAAGAAAGUUUUUGAGAUGGCCUGGCUGGCCUGAAACUUACCAGAGAUCUGCCUCCCAAGUGUUGAGACUACAGGUGUGCACCAUGGCCACCAUGACGCUGAGCAAAAUGGAGAAAUUUUGAGACUGUGAGAUUCCUUUUGAUUAUUGGGAUCAUUGUAAUCAUGGGGUCCUCAUGCUGGAAAGAACCGACUCCUAACGAGCAGAGGGCUCUGAAAGUUGGAAGAGAGGUGGAUGAGUCAGGGUGCAGGUGGCCUGGAGAGACCAACAGGAGAGCAGAAGACAGGUUUUUCCCAGACAAGUGCAGCCCCACGGUGACAGCCCAGUGAAACUCACUUUGGACCUGUACCGGCUAGAAUUGUAAGAUAAUAAAUUUGUGUCAAGCUGC